GCAUUACAUUCCGGGACCACUCGGCCGGCGCGCGCGCACGCUUGCAAUCAAACUAUUUAGCUCAUCGAUUAAAAUGGAUCUAAAAAAAUUAUGAAAUAUUUUGUGAUUAUUAAUAUAUUUUUUAUAAUCUACAUUGAGAACUUUCUUGCUAAAUAUGUAAAGUGAUUAGUGAAUUAGCGCAGUGUUUAGUGAUAGUGUUCAAGUAGAGGUACCAGGAACGGUGAUUUGAAAGGAGAUAUUGGUUAUGGAAGGACAUUAAAAUAGGACAAUUGUGAAAGUGAAGUUAUAGAGCGAUUUGUGUUCUUUGGAUUUAUAUUAAGACAAUGCUGAGGUUCCAGGAGAUCGCGUUCCAGGCGGAGAUGGAUCGCCACGACGACCCUGAUUCUGAGGAGACGGCGUUGGACCUUUGUAAUGAAGACCCUGCUACCAGGAGCAGACAUAUUGAGGAACUCAGGAACAUGAUAUUUGAAAGAGGAGAAUGCAACCCGCCCAGGACUGACGACGCUUUCCUGCUCCGCUUCCUGAGGGCGAGGCGCUCCGUGCCGGCCAGGGCGCACAGACUGUUAGUAAGGUACUGCAACUUCCGUGAACAGAACCCUCACCUGUGGCGGGAUGUGGACUGGUUCGGGCUGAGGAGACUGGGCGAUGUGUUCGAAGGUGUCCUCUAUGACAGACCUGAUGUCGGGAGACUCAUCAUUUGUAGAUUAGGCCAAUGGGACCCAGACCUGUAUCCAGUGGACGAGCUCAUUCGCGGUUGCCUGCUGCUCCUGGAGAUCGGCAUCAUGCAGCCCAAGCUGCAGGUGCUGGGCGGCACCGCACUGAUCGACUGCCAGGGUCUCACCAUGAGACACAUCCGGCAUAUCACGCCUUCCUCAGCUCUGCACGCCAUGAACGUUAUGGGCUACGGAUUCCCGCUGCACCAACGCGGGAUCCACGUGAUCAACUGCUCCAGGAUCUUCGAGACUGUGUUCCACUUCUUCAAGAGGCUGGCUCCAUCAGAAGACUUGUGGAAGAGAGUCUUCUUCCACGGUUAUGAUCUCAGCUCUCUACAUAGGUACAUAUCUCCCGACUGCCUUCCAAAGCGGUACGGUGGUUACCGCAAUGAGGUCACCCUGGAGCUGUGGUUGACCAAGAUUAAACAAUACAAGAAUAAGAGCUUCGAUAGUGAUAUGAGGACUUUAGGCUACUAUGUUGAUUAGUGUAUUUUUAUUUAGUUUAGAUUUAUGAACGUAUUAGGAGUUAAUGAAGUCGAGAAAUUCUUCACAAUCGGGUGUGAGGGUGAUGUUAUUUAUGGUUCAGAAGCUCUAAACCAGCUUAAACAGAAGUACAUAUAUAUGCUUCUUCUUUUCGAGUGGAAAUAGCAAACAAAUUAUAUAAAUUUAGAUCAGUAGGUACGUAGGCACAAUUGCUGUGCCUGUGCCUUUUCAUUGGCCUCAUUCAGGUCCUCUAUGGAGCAGAUAAAGGACAGUCUGGGCAAAACAGCAAAUAAAUAUAUUAUAUGUAUUUACGUACUUACUUUAUAUAAUGUAUUAGCUGUAUUAAUUGUACAUAAUGAAGAACUUAGAAAAAGUCUUCACCAAUGAUUAGGAGAACAGAAACACUAACCGCUCUAGUCAGAUCUUGCUUGACUAUGGCAAUACUCGUAUGACAUGGUCUAUGAUAUAUAACACGAAAAUAAACGUGCCUGAAAUACAACAUCAUCUUUACGUAUAAAUGACAAUAAUAAUAAAUAAGUAUAUAGGGAUAAAUCACACAGAUUGAAUUAGCCCUAAAGUAAGUUAUCGGAUACUAAAUCAAAGAUACUAUAUUCUAUAUCAUAUACACAUAUAGAUAAACAUCCAAGACUCAGGUCAAUUUUGAAAAAGAUUGUUUUCAAUCUUGACCCGACCCGGGAUCCCGUCAUCUAUAUACAUAAGGUAGUCCUUAAUAAAGAAGUUUGAGAAUGAUAUUUUUUGAUAACGAAAAAAAUAUAUUUUAUUCUAUGAUAAGAAAACAUUUUGUAAUGUUAAUUUUACUUUGUAACUGCCUUACUAAUCUAAAUUGUAAAGAUGGAAAUUCCAUGUGAUAUUUAAUGUGUAAGUAGUAUAUGUUGAUAAAAUUUACUAUAACCUGUUGAUAGGUUUGUUGUCAAAAUAUUUAAAAUUUGUGGACGUAUUUUUGUAACAAUUUAUCUGCAGUGCUUAUGCAUAAUAACAUUUGACUAACGCAUUGUGUUGUGAUCAUGGGUUUAGUAAGUACUUCGUCGGAGUACCUACUAAUUCCUGUGAUGUGAUAAGUAUAAAAACGUACUUUUUGAUAUGAAUCAACUAAUUUUAAAAAGUUUAGAAGAAAAGAUAUUUCUCCACUGAUACCUAAAUACUUUGUUAAAGUUAUAUUUUUGUACAUUCCAUAAUUCUAUUUAUUUCACUAUGAUAGAGAAUAAUAUUAGAGACAUACAAAUUAAAGCCGAAUUUCUUUUAUAAAAUACCUACAAUAAUGCCUUUCUACAAAGUAUUAGAUUUAAUAUUAACUGUAUCUUGAGAAAAUGUUCUAUAAUAGACUACGCUGACUUUA